AUGCGGCCUCUUUUUUUUGUGGGCUAUGCAGCAACCCAACUUGCCCGGCCCACGGGCCCAGGAAGGAAGCGUCUAGAAGCCGCGGGUAAAACCAGUUCGCUGCAAAAUUAUCAGAGGCAAGCUCCCAGCAGCCGAUCAGACGGGAACUUUCUGGAAAGAGCAAAGAGAGAGCGUGAGAGAAUCUCCGGCGAGAACGAGAACUCGUUGUCGACCCGUCCGAUCAAAGAAAAAAUGGCGGAGCACUUGGCGUCGAUCUUCGGUACCGAGAAGGACAGGGUGAAUUGCCCCUUCUACUUCAAGAUCGGAGCUUGCCGCCAUGGCGACCGCUGCUCCAGGCUCCAUACCAAGCCCAGCGUCAGCCCCACACUCCUCCUCUCCAACAUGUACCAGCGACCCGACAUGAUCACCCCUGGCGUCGACGCCGAAGGAAACCCUAUCCAUCCCCGCAAAAUCCAGCAACACUUCGAGGACUUCUAUGAAGAUCUAUUUGAGGAGUUGCACAAGUAUGGAGAGAUUGAGAGCCUGAAUGUUUGCGACAACCUUGCUGACCACAUGUUUAGUGAAGAAGAACAGGCUGCUACUGCCUUGCGCAAACUGACUGGACGAUUCUAUGCCGGGCGCCCCAUCAUUGUGGACUUCUCUCCAGUGACAGACUUCCGAGAGGCCACCUGCAGGCAAUACGAGGAGAACACGUGCAACCGUGGUGGUUAUUGCAACUUCAUGCAUCUUAAAAGGAUUGGCAGGGAAUUGAGGCGACAAUUGUAUGGGAGCUACAGAAGCAGGCACAGUCGUAGUAGGAGCAGAAGUAGGAGCCCCUACAGGCAUAGAAGCCAUGAAGAUCAUUACCAUAGGAGUAGUAGGAGAUAUGAUGAUGAAAAAGAGCGGUAUCAUGAGAGCCGGAGUAGAAGGCACAAGACCACCAGCCUUGAUCACUGGAGGGAACGAAGUAGCAGUCCAGGAAGAGGGAGGCGCGAGAACCGAAGCCCUGUUAGGGAAGGUAGUGAAGAGAGAAGGGCAAGAAUUGAACAGUGGAACAGGGAAAGGGAAAAUGGAUCGAGAGCCGAUCGUAAUAUUGAUUAUGGACACCAGGAUCAGGAUUCACACAAAGAUGUGGAGUAUGGCAAUUGAGGGGGUUCAGGGUGUCUCCGGUUUGUUUCUCUUCCUUUGUUUUAUUUGAUGUUGUGUUGUUUCUGGGUAGAAAUUGAGUAUUUGUUACUGUGCAGGUGGUUUUGCAGGUUUCAGAAUUCAUAUAUUUGCCUGUCAAACUUGUAAUUCUUAGUUCUUAACCAUUUGAUUAGCAUAACAUGCAUGGCUGAGUUUCGAAAUAUUUGCUCUCUAACCAUAAAAAAAACGAUCGAUUAUCAUGUACUGUUGGCAUUCUCAAUUUUCAUGCUUGCAUUCCAUGUACAGCGAAGGAACUCUUUGAACACCGUUGUAAUGAGGCUAGUUGCUAGAACGCAAUCAGAAUCUGCAGUCAUACAUUCGGUUUUUAUCUUCACUGAUCCAAAUCCUUGUGUAUUUAUGCAUUACAAGAGGAAAUACUUGACAUGUUAACGAGUUUUUGCAGGUUUCAGGAAUCCCUGCUACUCCAAAACAAUACUUUGCUUCGUUGAAUAAUCGCGCCUAUGAUCAACUUUGUUUACAGGUGGUUUUGGUUGGAGGUGUUGGCUGGAGGACUUGCAAUCAACGUGGGACAGAUUAUAGAUUGGUGACUGACUGGUUUGACCCAAUGUUGCAGCCUGCAGGGGAAGUUUGGAGUCUGGAACGAGCUGCCAUAGUUGGAAUAUCUUCUCUUCGGAGGACUACUUCAGGGCUUCCUUUGUUUUUAGUGUGUUUCUUUCUAAGAUACUACGUAUUGUGUUCUAUCAAAAUGUAACUGGAUAUAUUACCCAUUUGGAGUUUGGAUCAUAACAUGCGGACUCUUUGAGCCUUAAUGC